CUUAUUCUUUUUAAUUUGUCUCUCUAUAUUUGACAUUCAACAUCUAUAUAUACUCAUUCAUUUUCCAAUUCUUUUCAUCCCACAAGUCAUCACUAUCACUUCUAGCUAGUUCUAUCAAAGAGUACUAGUAGCCAAAGCAAAAGGGUCCCAAUUAGAAUGGGUGGUGAUUUGAGGAGAUGGAUAUUGGUGGUGCAAUUGGUGGUUUUAGGGUUAAGCUUAGGAGAUUAUGGAGCAAAUGCACAACAAGUUCCUUGUUAUUUUAUCUUUGGUGAUUCUUUGGUGGAUAAUGGAAAUAACAACUAUAUUCGGUCAUUGGCUAAGGCUAACUACUUGCCUUAUGGUAUUGAUUACCCUGGUGGUCCUACUGGGAGAUUUUCCAAUGGAAAAACUACCGUGGAUGUCAUCGCGGAACAAUUGGGCUUCAAUGGUAUUAUUCCACCCUAUGCAUCUGCUAGAGGCAGAGACAUUCUCAAAGGUGUCAAUUAUGCUUCUGCAGCUGCUGGAAUUAGAGAUGAAACUGGCAGACAACUGGGAGGAAGGAUCAAUUUUUCUAGACAAGUGAAUAAUUACAAUAACACAGUACAACAAGUGGUGCAAAUACUAGGAAAUGAAAAUGCAGCAGCUGAUUAUCUAAAGAAGUGCAUUUACUCAGUUGGAAUGGGCAGCAAUGACUAUCUCAAUAAUUAUUUCAUGCCUCUUUAUUACUCCACUAGCAGACAAUUCACUCCUGAACAAUAUGCUAAUGUUCUUAUUCAACAAUAUAGUCAGCAACUAAAGAUUUUAUACAGCAAUGGAGCAAGGAAGUUUGCCUUGAUUGGAGUGGGCCAGAUAGGGUGCAGCCCAAAUGCAUUGGCCCAAAAUAGCCCAGAUGGGAGAACCUGUGUACAAAGAAUCAAUGUAGCAAACCAGUUAUUCAACAACAAACUCAAGGCACUAGUUGAUACCUUGAAUGGAGAUACACCUGACGCAAAGUUCAUCUACAUUGAUGCUUAUGGGAUUUUCCAAGAUUUAAUUGAAAAUCCCUCUGCCUUUGGAUUUAGAGUGACGAAUGCCGGAUGUUGUGGGGUGGGGAGAAACAGAGGCCAGAUUACAUGUCUUCCUUUCCAAAGACCAUGCAGAAAUAGAAAUGCAUAUCUAUUUUGGGAUGCAUUUCAUCCAACUGAAGCUGCAAAUAUAAUUGUUGGGAGGAGAUCAUACAGAGCUCAAAAGUCAUCUGAUGCAUACCCUUUUGAUAUUAGUCGCCUAGCUCAACUUUGAAGCUAUAGAGAUGACAAAUCAAGUGUCACCUUCGUUUCAAAUAUUAAUUAUUGUGGAAUUGACAUCAUUAAUUACUAUAAGAUGUCAUAAAAAGUGUUUAAUCUUCAUUUUGCUUUGUUUUCAUAAAAUGCUGUAUUUCCAGUCCUCCACUUUUGAUGAAGAACUUUAUUAUGAGUUUA